ACAGUUGAAGAUAAAACGACCCGAGCUCCUGGGGGACCUGGCAAAUGCUAAAAGGGAAACCGCGAGAGCUCAUUUCCGUAACUUGGCAUCUUGCUCUCUCACAGUGUCUCAAGUCUCAAGCCUCAAUUUAGCAAAGAGAACAAAGGGCAAAAUUCUGGGUUGCUCAUAAUUCUGAAGGCGUUAAGCCAUGAGCACGACGCAACAAGGAACGCACUCCCUGGCAUUCAGGGUGAUGCGGCUUUGCAAGCCAUCGUUCCACGUCGAACCUCCCUUCCGCCUGGACCCCGCCGACCUCUUUGUCGGCGAGGACAUCUUCGACGAUGCACUCGCCGCCUCUAACCUCCCUCCACUCUUGUCCAGCUACGUCAGUAAGUCUACGGACUCCUCCGAUCUGACCUACGGCAACAGAUUCCUCCUCCACCACCCCUCCGAUGCCAUGGGCUUCUCUGGCCUCCUCGUCCUCCCCCAAGCCUUCGGGGCGAUUUAUUUGGGAGAGACAUUCUGCAGCUAUAUUAGCAUUAAUAACAGCUCUAAUUUUGAAGUUAGGGACGUUAUUAUUAAGGCAGAAAUUCAAACAGAAAGGCAGAGGAUCCUCCUCUUGGAUACAUCAAAAUCACCUGUUGAAUCAAUACGUGCAGGCGGGCGUUAUGAUUUCAUUGUGGAGCAUGAUGUCAAGGAACUUGGAGCUCAUACGCUGGUUUGCACUGCAUUAUACAACGAUGGUGAUGGCGAACGAAAAUAUCUUCCACAGUUUUUCAAGUUCAUUGUUGCAAACCCACUAUCAGUUAGGACAAAGGUCCGUGUUGUCAAGGAAACUACCUAUUUAGAGGCUUGCAUAGAGAAUCAUACAAAAUCAAACCUUUAUAUGGACCAAGUUGAGUUCGAACCUGCUCCGCAUUGGAGCGCCACAGCACUAAAAGCUGAUGAACUCCAUCUUGCAGAUAAUCCGCCAACUGGAGAGAUCUUUAAGCAACCUAUUCUUAUCAGAUCUGGCGGGGGGGUUUACAAUUACCUUUAUCAAUUGAAAUCGUCUUCAGAUGGUUCUGCACAAGUGAAAGUAGAGGGGACUAAUAUUCUAGGUAAAUUUCAGAUAACAUGGCGUACAAAUUUGGGUGAACCUGGCCGCUUGCAAACACAGCAAAUUCUUGGCAAUCCCAUCACAUGCAAAGAGAUCGAGUUGCAAAUUCUGGAGAUUCCAUCUCUAAUCAAUUUGGAUCGGCCCUUUUCAGUACACCUAAAUCUCACAAACCAUACUGAUAGAGAGUUGGGCCCAUUUGAGGUUUGGUUAUCGCAAAAUAGUGCACACAAGGAGAAGAUUGUUAUGAUUAAUGGACUUCAGACUAUGGCAUUACCGCAGGUGGAGGCAUCUGGUUCCACUGAUUUCUAUCUGAAUCUGAUUGCAACUAAAGUUGGAGUCCAGAAAAUUAGUGGAAUUACGGUGUCCGACACAAGAGAGAAGAAAACUUAUGACUCAUUGCCAGAUGUGGAGAUCUUUGUGGAGUCAGAUUGAAUUAUCAAGCAGUUCUGAUUGGCUAGGCUUGCUGAAGGUUGAUUUAUGUUACGAAUUACUAGGAGAAUCAUUCCUCAACUGAGCAAAAGAUGCUUUGGUGUGUAAGGUCACUGGCAUUGAUUAGAUUGAGCAGCGAUGAAGCAGCAAGCUAGUUCAUUUUGUACCAUUGCCUGUGAUCAAUUGCAAGGGUGUCUUUCCGCCAUCUUUUUCUAUGACUUGCAUUCCCUGCAUGAAAGGGCAGAUGGCCUCCUUGAAAUAUGCCUGUUUCCAUCACUUCCGAGGAAUCAAAUCCAGAUCUACGCAGUCUGUUCAUGAUGGACACUUCCAUAUUUGUUCCUUGUCAUACAUUAGGAUGUCAGCAAGCUUUAUGUUUAGUCUACAGAACACAGAUGUACUUGAUUAAAUUGUGAAAUUAAGUUAAAAGAGCUGGAAAAUAGCCGGUUUUUCAGGUGAUUCUCGCAACACUGUUUUUCCAGCAUAUUAAAUUUGAAUUGGCAA